AUGGCGACCUUUUCUCUUUCUGAGCAGGCUGCGGCUGAUAUUCGUAGCCUUCUCGAUGUCGCUUGCACGGGACAACCGACUGGCGUGCCUUGUGCUAGUGCCGUUGUUGUUAGUAUCGGUUCUCAGCCAGAAAUCUUCGCGCACUCCACGACGGCUUCAUUGGGAAGAAAGGGCUGCAAAGACCGUAGCGAUAUUUACUGGCUGGCGUCUUGUACAAAGCUCGUCAUUAGUAUCGCUUGUAUGCAGCUCGUCGAGGCAUCAAUUCUCCGUCUCGAUGAUGCAGACCAGUUGGAAGAUCUCUGCCCAGAGCUUGUAGAUCUCAAGGUUGUGCAGGAGAAUGGCUCUCUGGAGCCUGCGCGGUCCCGCAUCACACUACGAAUGUUGUUGACUCAUACAGCUGGAUUCGGAUAUUCAUUCCUGAACGCCAAGCUUCAGGCCUAUUCUAAAGCAUAUCGCGCUGACGGAGUCAAUUUCAACGAAUUUUCCGGGUACAUGGAUGACAUUCUACAACCUCUUGUCAAUCAACCAGGAGAGGCAUUUGAGUAUGGUAUCUCUAUGGACUGGGCGGGCGUAGCCGUUGAGCGAGUUACAGGCUUGAGAUUAGGUGAUUACAUGCAGCGCCACAUAUUUAUUCCCUUGGGCAUCCGUGACUUGACUAUGACCCCCUCGUUUGAGAUGAAAGAGAGAUUCGUUGGCAUGUGGCAACGCAACCAAGAGGGCCACCUCUCUCCUCGACCACCUCUCCUCAACCGUCCGUUGGAGUCAGAUGCAGCCCACAGCUUCCACAGCGGCGGCGCGGGACUUUUUGGGAACAUUCGGGAAUUUGGAAAAAUCCUUGCCAUGUUGCUGCGAGACGGCAGGUCUCAUUCGGGCCGGAUGAUACUUGCGCCUGCUACCGUUGAAGCCAUGUUUACCAACCAGCUAACAUGGCUGCCAAACUUUGCCCGAUGUCACUUACCUGCCAUAAAGCCGGAGCUGGUCUAUGAGGCCGAGGCUUUCUAUCCACCUUGCCCGCCGCCGACGCCGCAAGGUUGGGGACUGGGCUUCAUGAUUACUCACGGCCCGACCGGCCGCUCUGAGAAGACUAGUCAAUGGUCCGGCCUAUCCAAUGCGUUUUGGUGGUGUGAUCGGCAACGUGGCGUUGCUGGCCUCGUCGCAUCACAGAUUCUGCCGUUUGCUGACCGCAAAGUUGUUGAGCUUUGGAUGGGGAUUGAAGCCAAAGUAUACAAAGAUAUUGAGACAGAAUGA